GAAAAUACAUAAAACUGUCUCUUUAAAUGAGUGUUUAUGGGUCAGUUAGCCAUGAGUUAACUUGUUGAAAGUCACAAUAUAAAAGGCUGAUGAAUGUGAAACAGAGCAGCCGGGAUUAAAUCUUCUUUAAGCCGCGGCGGGUAGAAAUGAUGAGCGGACUUUUAUUUUGAAAGCCCAGGCAGGAGGUGGUUGUGUGUGACCGGCUCCGCAGCUCUUUCCUCAGUGAAGAGUAGUUUUGGAAGAGUCGACUCCGAACAGCCGAAGCUGCUAACAGCUUUUAGCUUCAGAGAACAUCUGGAUAAUCGAACACGGUGAAAAACUCUGGAUUGCUCUUUGAAAACAAGGAAAAACGGUGCUGGUGGAAAUAAAGCCUCGUCGAAACGCCAGGAAGAAUCUCACAUUUCAUCCGUGUAGGUGGUUUCAUCAGCGGCUGUCGCGCUGUUGAUAAAUCUGUCCUAAAACAGGUUGAUUCCCAGGGGAGAUCCACCGAAGCACAACAUCUGGUGAGGGAUCUUCAUACACACCGAGGCCGGACGGAGAGCCUGGUCGCUCGGAUGCUCCUCUUGGACGCUGAUCUUCCACCGUGGAGUCGCUUCUGAGCUCCACCAUGGGAGGAAGCAGCAGCAGGAUUCCACAGCUGUGAAGAUGACACCAUGACUUUAUUAGGAACAUAUGUAUCUCCAGCACCAUAUUUCUCAUGAUGAUGCACACUCACUCUGGGAAGGAAGGCUUCACUCCACUAUACCCCUUCCAAAACUGUGGGACAUUAACACACUUCUCCACUGCGUCAUGGGGGUUCUAACUCAUCAGAGACGGUGCUAAUGGAGGACGUCCCCGUGGCGAACACGUCCCUGGGCUCUGGGUCCGCGCCGCAGCCAGUCACCCCAACGGGGAAGUCCUCAGCAAUGGCCCCAGGCCUCGGCCUACCUCUUCAGGUCUUCUUCAGCCUCGUCAUGGCAACCAUCCUACUGGUGGCCCUUGCAGGAAAUGUGGUGGUGUGCCUGAUGGUGUACCAGAGAUCCGCCAUGCGCUCUGCCAUCAACAUCCUCCUGGCCAACCUGGCGUUUGCAGACAUGAUGCUGGCCAUCCUCAACAUGCCGUUCGCUUUAGUCACUGUUAUGACCACCACCUGGAUCUUUGGGAACACUUUCUGCCGGGUGUCUGCCAUGCUCUUCUGGUUGUUUGUGAUUGAAGGUGGAGCUAUUUUGCUUAUAAUAAGCAUUGAUAGAUUUCUGAUUAUUGUCCAGAAACAAGACAAGCUCAGCCCACAGAGAGCCAAGCUGCUCAUUGUGAUCACCUGGGUGCUCUCUUCGGUUUUCUCCUCCCCUCUGGCUGUAGGUUCCCCUCGCCUGCAAAUCCCCCCCAGAGCCCCUCAGUGUGUUUUUGGUUACAGCGCUGACCCAGGAUACCACGCUUACGUUUUGAUCCUCAUGCUAGUUUUCUUCUUCAUACCUUUUCUGGUCAUGCUGUUCACAUUCAUGGGGAUCCUGAACACCAUCCGCCACAAUGCCAUUCGCAUCCACAGCCACCCAGACAGCAUGUGUCUGAGCCAGGCCAGCAAGCUGGGCCUGCUGAGCCUCCAGAAACCCUUCCAGAUGAACAUAGACAUGAGCUUCAAGACCCGUGCCUUCACCACCAUCCUCAUUCUCUUCUCUGUAUUUACAGUGUGUUGGGCACCCUUUACUGCCUACAGUCUGGUGACUACCUUCAGUUUUGGCUUUUACCACAAAGACAGCUUUUUCCAAAUCAGCACAUGGCUCCUGUGGUUGUGCUACCUCAAGUCUGCCCUGAACCCUCUCAUCUACUACUGGAGGAUCAAAAAGUUCCGAGAUGCCUGCCUCGAUCUGAUGCCUAAAUACUUCAAGUUUCUUCCUCAGCUGCCGGGCAACACCAAGAGACGCAUCCAGCCCAGUGCUGUGUACGUAUGUGGAGAGCAUCGCUCUGUGGUUUAAAGGGAAAAUCCACUCUUAUAAUAUUGUUAGAAACCCUACUUUGAAUCCAUGUAACUUGCAUUUGAGGUUGCUUGGUUCUUUAUUUCUCUCAGUAGAAGCUCAGGCUGAAAGUAGCACUUCUUUGAAAAGCCAGGAGGCUGAGUAGCUCCUGAAGGGACAGACUCCUACAUCCUUAGAAGAUCUAUUUGGAGUAUUGUCAUGUGCAGUGUGAUAUGAGAACACUGCAGGGGUUUAAUCUAUGGAUGCACAUAUAUCUGAUGUUAAUACUGCUAUUACGGGUGUUAACUGAUACUUACAGAUAUUUCAUAUAUUAUAUGUAUUUCCAUACACUUUUGACACUGUAAAAGCGACCUCACAACUUACAUUGCUUUUCUACUUUAAACUCCUCAUAAUCUUUUGCUGCAUCACUGUCAAGUAAAUACUACAUAGUCAACAUCCUCCCCCUUUUGAAACAUACACAGUCACCAAGAUGAAAGGAAACGUCGGUCGUUUACAUUUUUCAGCAUUUCUAUGUUUUUUUUCUAGAAAACAUGAAUUUAAUCUAAAAUCUUUUUCUCAAACAUUUUUGACAUUUUGAUUCCGGUAGGGUGUGCUACCUAAAGCCCCCACCUAAACCUAAAAUGGGGAUGAUGGUAGGAGUUUGUCCUGCAAUCGGUGGUUUGCCCGUUCAAGUCCCACUCUGUCCACUUCUGUCGAUGAGUUCUUGGCUAAGAUACUUCACCCGGAUGGCUUGCUGAUGGUGUUCAGUGGUGCAUGGCAGCUUCUGUAAGUGUGCCAGGGCGACUGUGGCUUGCCAUCACCACUGUGUGAAAGGUUGAAUGUCUGAAUGUAGUGUGAAGUGCUUCAGUGUCCUCUGGACAAGUACAGGUCAUUUACCAAAGCCCCCACAAUGCUGUGCUUCUAUCAGUCACCACCAUCCAAAAAGGAAAUAAGAAAGCUUGUUUCUUUUUUGAAACAAGCUUCUCAUUCUGCAGUUUUCAGUUACUCCUCGUCAGGAGUUGCAGCUUGCAAUUAAUCCCAUCACAUCAGAACCUGCUGUUUACAGGCUGUGUGUAGUUGCAGUUGGAGAAUGUUAUCAGACGAAGUGAUAUUCAGACCCAACAUGUCCUUUGAGAUAAAAUUUUCUGCCAUUCAUUUCUACAAAUGCAAUCAAACUCUAAAAUGGAACAUAGAAAAAAAACUCCAGCUUUAGAUGUGAUUUGCAGUGCAGGGUGUUUGAAUGUUGGAGAAUCUUAUUUUUAUGUUGUUAGUCGCUCAACUGGUGCUGAAGAACAACUGUCCCCACUGUUGGGAGUCAGUUGGGGGUCUGAGUCAUUUCCUUCAGGUCUGAUAAAGAAAAUAUCCAACCAGGUAAAGAGCAGGUUAUUCACACUACAAAACUCUAAAUGUGACUGUGUGCUUUUAGUGGUUUAUGUGGUUUAAAGCCUCCCAUGCACCCACAGUGGUGGUGACAAUGUUAGGACUUUGUCUACAAAAUCGGUGGGUCGCCGGUUCAAGUUGCUCUGAAUAUCGGUUACCCAGAUGUGUGUGUUAUUCUAUCUGUCUUUGCGUUGUUGGGCAAGGUACUUUACUGUUAAUGGUGGUCAGAUGAUGAUUACAUUGAUUUUAAACAAAGGCAACUCAACACUGCUGGGAUUUUAGCCUUGAUUUGAAGGAACUCUGUGUUUUAACAGUUGUUAAAUUUUGAUCUUCAGUGGGUCCUAACCUGUCAUUGGCACUGGUCCUAAGCAGUGCCUGGUUAUGGUAUAGUAUAGUAGAUGUUAAGGUUCUACUACCAUGUUUUCAGAAAUAUCCAGCUUUCCAUCUUUAUGCAUGUUUUAUAAUUAAGUUUACAUCUCCCAUUGAAAUUGUUAUCUCCCCCAGUCUUAAAUCUUGAAGCUCACUGUGUUGGUGAAAGUGGAAGUGUGGUUGCAUUUUGAGUCUGAAUGUGCAUUUGAAAUUAUUCACAGCUUGAAUUAUCAAACAACCAUUAAUAUCAUCUUCAAUCAAAGACACUUUGACACUUCAGUGGCUGCUUUUGUAUUAGAAAGGUUUUAUUCUAGUAAGAAGUGAAAUUGAGUCCAUGUACAGGUUUCAGGUCUAUUAUAUGUUUGAACCAAAGUUGCAUUGAAAUGUAAGAAGCUAUGAGACUUUGGCCAAAAUUAAACAAUAUGUCCACAGGCACAGGAACUGUGGUAUCUUAAACAAAUGUACACAGCUAGAAUUACACAAAAAUAGAAGAAAGCUUUAAAAACAAUAAUAUAAACAAUAAUUUUACUAUUAGAGUAUUGUAUCCAUUAUUCUGUCGAUUAAGCGAGUAACUGAAUAAAAAAAUUUGACAAAAUAAAAUAUUGGCACAUACUGCCAUAACAGCAGCAUUAAUAUCAGUUAUCAACCUUGGCCCAAAUUUAUAUAUUUAUAUUACUCACCGAACCAGCAACUAGGUAAAAAAACUGCUAUCAUACUGCAUGCCAGUCAUUUUCAGGAUGCUCUUUGGUGUCCCGAUAACACUAAAAGCCAGACUUUAUCAUCAAUCAGUGAAAUCCCCUUGGAUGCCUUGGAAAAAUGUGAAAAUUGGAGGUUAUGCUUCUAGCAUAACCUGAACAGGAGCUACAGGAAGCUGGAAGUGAGAAUGUUACGCAACAAAAAUAAUCACUUAUCUGUAAAACACUGCGCUAAAUAGUAAAACAUAACUUAACAAAGCUUUGAGGCAAGUAAUGUGCCUUGAGAAAUUUUAAUAAUCAAGGUACUGAAAACAUUCGAGUACCUCAAGUGAUUCGUGACAGUUUGAUCACAUUGAGAUGUUAAGCAGAGGCUUCUCUGGAGACCAGCAUUUAAACAAGUAGAUUUUUCCAAAAAGCAAAUAAAAAGACUUUCUGAACCAGGAAUGUACUGAAUGACUUGUACUCUGUGAGAGAGUAAUGUUUGGAAAGUAAAGGAGAGGCUGACUUUUUAUUGAUCCUUGCAUUGAAAAUGAGUUGAUGGUGGAGAAACAGCGUGUACAAUAGAGGAGUUGUUUUUUUAAGCAUGCUGAAGUUCCACAGCUUAUUUAAAAUGUAUAUUUGUAUUUUAAUGUUUUCAUUGUGCCUAUUAAUUAGUCUGUUGCCAGUCAGAAUGCUGCUAUUAUCUGGUGAAAAUGUGCAAUUUUGGUGUACUGUACUGUUGAAUGUAAUAAAGACCUAGACAUUUCUUACAUUGGUAAA